AUUUACAAUAUUAAAUUAUUUUUUGUAUAAUGUUUCCUGGAAAUAACGUGCUGUUUCUUGUUUUCUUUUGGAAUAUCACCUUUGUUUUAUUUACACUUCUGGAAUCGAAAAACCAGCAACCAAAAUAAAGAAAAGAGUUCAUAGAGUAUAUUGUGGUCGUCGUCUCUUCACCUGUAAGCAUCACUCAACUCUUCAAUUCUUGUUCCCCAAUUAAUUCUUCCUGCCAAAACUACACCUUGUUUCCCCAAUCGUCGUCAAUCGAACGUCGAUCACCCAUCCAGAUCCCAAUCCUAAUUAUAUUUCACCCACAAAUCAAACCCACAACCUGUGUUUGAGUUUGAGAGAGAGAGAGAAGGGCCCGGAGAUGGGAGGUGUCACGUCAUCAAUGGCGGCCAAGUUGGCUUUUUUCCCACCGAAUCCACCGUUUUACAAGGUGGUUACAGAGAAAUCAAGUGGGUUAUUGCUCCUGGACAGGUUUCCUCACCGUGAAAAUGUCGACGUUCUCAAGCUCCCUACUCGCCGGGGUAAUAAAAUUGUUGCGGUGUACGUUAGGUAUCCCAUGGCCACUCGCACUAUACUUUAUUCACAUGGGAAUGCUGCUGAUAUUGGUCAGAUGUAUGAACUCUUCGUUGAUUUGAGCAUCCACCUCAAAGUUAAUCUCAUGGGGUAUGAUUACUCAGGAUACGGACAGUCGUCUGGAAAGCCAAGUGAGCAUAACACAUACGCAGACAUUGAAGCUGCAUAUAAAUGUUUGGAAGAAAGCUACAACACAAAGCAAGAAGAUAUCAUCCUUUAUGGUCAAUCUGUAGGAAGUGGCCCCACUGUGAAUCUUGCUGCUCGUUUACCUCGAUUGAGAGCUGUUGUUUUGCAUAGUCCUAUAUUAUCAGGCCUCAGAGUCAUGUAUCCUGUUAAACACACAUACUGGUUUGACAUAUAUAAGAACAUUGAUAAAAUUCAAUUCGUGAAGUGCCCUGUUCUUGUCAUCCAUGGUACUGCAGAUGAGGUGGUUGAUUGUUCUCAUGGGAAACAACUUUGGGAACUAUGUGAAGAAAAAUACGAACCAUUAUGGAUCAAAGGAGGAAAGCAUUGUAAUUUGGAGCUAUAUCCAGAAUACAUUAAACACCUAAAAAAAUUCAUAACCAUUGUUGAAAAGCCACCAUCAUCACGAAGAAACAACAAUCCAAGAAAAAGCAUGGACCAAUCCUCCACCACCAACCGCCAUCACCACCACCACCAUUCCGGUAGGAGGAGGAGUACGGAUUGUUUUGAAGCUCCAAGGAAAAGCACGAGCAUGAACACGAAGGAGAAUUUGGACCUUAUUAAUGAACUAUGUGAGUAUAAGUUUGAUCAAAGUGAUGAUAAAGUUGGAAAGCUGAGAAUACCUUAUGAGCAUAUGGAGAGGUCUAGGAAGAGUAUGGAGUGUCGUGAAAAUCCUAGAUUAAGUACUGAUAUGAAGGCUGAAUGGGGGCGUAAGAGUGUGGAUUGUAUUGAUAGGAGUCGUAACUAGUUAGUUAUAAACAUUUUAUUUUUAUGGAUAUGGUUAUGGUUAUGGUUAUGAUUACUACAGAAAGUGUAGAGGGAAAAUGAGGGUGGUGGUUGGGGUUUAAUUUGUGUUGUAAUUUUGUUUGUUAAAAAAAGUUGUUAGUUGAUGUUUAAAAUGUUCUAGUUCAAGUUGAAUGUUGAUGGAGAUUGAAAUGUAAUCAACUUUUUUAGAUCCCAAACUCUAUUAGGUUGAA